GUGGCAAACCCCCCAUCGGCCUCUCUCUUCGACGCAGAUUUUCAAUUCGACCUCCCGUGGAACCUUUUCGAAUCCAUUUCGUCUGUUUUGCAAAACUCACUGUUGGUGUCCACUGUCCAGCUUUGCUUCUUUCACCCUCCCACCUCCCCUCCCCGCACCGACCACGAAAAAGACUUGUCCAUCUUACGAGGCCCUCGCUUUAACUAGACUCCGACCCCUCCUCUUCAGCUCCAGUGGUCCUGAGCCUGCCUUUCGUCUCUGCUCGUCUGGACCAAUGGAUAACAACAUGGAAAUCGAUACUGCGCGGUCGCCCGAGCCGCAUCAUCUGUCGCCUACGAGCGACCCGGGGUCUAUACCUACCCUGGACGGGUGGAUCGAGAGCUUGAUGACCUGCAAGCAAUUAGCAGAGGAAGAUGUCCGGCGGCUGUGUGACCGGGCAAGAGAGGUUUUGCAAGAAGAGUCGAAUGUGCAGCCGGUGAAAUGUCCAGUCACUGUCUGUGGUGACAUACACGGCCAGUUCCACGACUUGAUGGAGCUUUUCCGCAUCGGAGGACCAAACCCUGACACAAACUACCUGUUUAUGGGUGAUUAUGUCGACCGUGGAUAUUACUCCGUUGAGACGGUGACGCUCCUUGUUUGCCUCAAAAUCCGCUACCCCCAGCGGAUUACGAUUCUCCGCGGCAACCACGAGUCCCGACAGAUCACGCAAGUGUACGGCUUCUACGACGAGUGCCUGCGCAAAUACGGCAACGCCAACGUCUGGAAAUACUUUACCGACCUGUUCGACUACCUCCCCCUCACCGCCCUCAUCGAGAACCAGAUCUUCUGUCUGCACGGAGGUCUGAGUCCGUCGAUCGACACACUCGACAACAUCCGCUCCCUGGAUCGGAUCCAGGAGGUGCCCCACGAAGGACCCAUGUGCGAUCUGCUCUGGAGUGAUCCCGAUGACCGAUGUGGCUGGGGUAUCUCUCCCCGCGGUGCGGGCUACACAUUCGGGCAGGAUAUUUCGGAGGCAUUUAAUCACAACAACGGCUUGACUCUGGUCGCACGUGCGCAUCAGUUGGUGAUGGAGGGAUACAACUGGUCUCAGGAUCGGAACGUGGUCACUAUCUUCUCUGCACCUAAUUAUUGCUACCGCUGCGGAAACCAAGCUGCCAUCAUGGAGAUUGAUGAGCAUCUUAAGUAUACAUUCCUACAAUUCGACCCAUGCCCCCGAGCAGGAGAACCCAUGGUAUCAAGGCGUACACCCGACUACUUCCUUUGAUUAUAGACUUGAGUUCUUUACGGUAAAGGAUUCUCCUGUCUCCUGUGGUCUACUCUCCCUUUCCCACCGGGGGGUUAGGCAAGAAUACAGAAAAAGGCUUAAUUGUGUAUGUCUUUUUUGCGUUUCUGGCCUUUUUUGUUGAUACCAUCAUGAAAAUAAAAGAGAUUCGGCGGGGAGCAUGGCACAUCCUUUUGAAAUCCCUGAGCUUGCUUGCUCUCCAGGCAGACGACUGUGCAGCUAGGCCUAUACUCCACCAUAGUUGUCCCCCAUUAUCAUAAUAGAAUCGAAUGAAAUGACACUCCUGAUUACAUUGCCGAGGGAGACUUGAG